AGACGAGUUAUAUAUGAAUCUAUUAAAAGGCUUUUUAAAUUUACAUCCUGAUAGCAGACUAAAUCAUAAAUCAAAACCGUGUAUGACUAAAAAAACUGUCACUUUCUCUCUUCCGUCUCCUUCCACGCCAUGUUAUUCAGGACCUUCAACUUUUAAAGUCAAUUCUCAGGAACAAAAUAUAAAUAAGGUUAAAGAAGUAACUGAUCCUUUAUCUACUCGGAUACAACUAUUACCUAAGAAUCAAAAUUGUAACGAAGAGAAAGCAUCUUCUAAUAAACCUAACGAACUCAACCAUAUAAGAGGAAGAGGGUUUAAACAAGAUAUUACUCCGAAGUUAUUUGAUUCGCAAUUUAUUGAAGAUGUAAACAUACAAGAUGGAACAAUUCUCGCACCACAGGCUAAAUUUGAAAAGACCUGGAAACUGUCUAAUAACGGCCGUUUCCCUUGGCCUGAUGAAACAGUACUACGUUGCAUUGACGGAGAUCGUAUGUUCGAGUUCAAUAUAACGCCAAGAAUCCGCAUUGGAUCUGUUGAAGUUGGUAAAAGUGUGGAUAUCUCUGUUGCUCUCCAAGCGCCUUCUGACCAUGGAAAACACGUUUCAUACUGGAAAUUGUCAGACGGUACGGACAAUCAAUUUGGAUCCAAAGUCUGGUGUGAUAUUAUGGUAAAAGAUGCCGAUUAGCCAUCAGUUUUAUAUAAUGUAGGAAUUAUGUCUACUAAAAUUUGUAUUAUAAAUAUUUGCAAAUUAAAUUUUUAAAAAAGGAU